GGCGGGCAGCGAUUAUAGGCGCUAUAAAGAGCCGGAGUCAUCGCCAGACAGCGAGCAGUAGACGAUCCACACGUAAACGGCAACAUGCAACUCGGUCUCUGGUUUGGCAUUUUGGCCAUCGCCGCCACGCCGCUGGUGAGCGCUAACUAUGGUCCCGCUGGCGGACACGGUCAUGGACAUGGACACGGACAUGGACAGUACCUGUCCGGACCCAAUGCCGGACUCGAGGAGUACGUGAAUGUGGCCACGGGCGGCAACCAGCCGGCGGCCAAUCAGAUCGCCUCGCAGGCCGAGAUCCAGCCCACGCCGGAGGAGGCUCGUCGUUUGGGUCGCGUCCAGGCCCAACUCCAGGCCCUCAACGCCGAUCCCAACUACCAGAAGCUGAAGAACUCCGAGGACAUUGCCGAAUCUCUGGCCGAGACCAAUCUGGCCAGCAACAUUCGCCAGGGCAAGAUCAAGGUGGUGUCGCCGCAGUUCGUUGACCAGCAUCUGUUCCGCUCCCUGCUGGUGCCAUCGGGCCACAACAACCACCAGGUGAUCGCCACCCAGCCCCUGCCCCCAAUCAUUGUCCACCAGCCCGGCGCACCGCCAGCGCAUGUGAACAGCGGACCACCGACGGUGGUGCGUGGCAAUCCGGUCAUCUACAAGAUCAAGCCAUCGGUCAUCUACCAGCAGGAGGUGAUCAACAAGGUGCCCACUCCGCUCAGCCUCAAUCCCGUCUACGUGAAGGUCUACAAGCCCGGCAAGAAGAUCGAGGCUCCACUGGCCCCCGUGGUUGCCCCCGUCUACAGCCAGCCGAGGGAGUACAGCCAGCCCAGGGAGUACAGCCAGCCACAGGGUUAUGGCAGUGCCGGAGAUGCCUCCGCUGCCGCCGGUGCCGCCUCCUCCGCCUCCGAAGGCAAUGCCUACGGCAACGAGGCUCCACUGUACAACAGUCCCGCGCCCUACGGCCAGCCCAACUACUAGGUGCUCAUCCUGGUGGGCAUGGCAUGGCUGCAUGGCUCCUCAGCUGCGACAGCUGGUUUAAUUUAAAUUUUUGUUUUUUUUUUCUUUGCCGACUACUGAGCGCAAAUAAAUGAAAAAAUACUUGAAACGUAAA